AUAUGAUCCCGACGUCGCCACGUAAGCCGGUGUACGCGGCGCCGCAGCCGCCAGCCGUGAGCCCCGUGCGCCCGACGCGGUUCCGCGAGUCGCUGCAAGCCGACUUGCCGGUGGUCGACAGCGCGGUGCACUGGCUCUCCUUUUUCCACGCGAUUUGCCCCGUCGCCGAGAUGACGCCACCCGUCCACCUCCUUUUGCCCGACACGAUCUUUCUGAGCCCCGUGACGGGGAGUCCGAGCCUCUGGUACCACUCGGGCUCGAGCGGCAGCGUGCGACGAAAGGCCACGCAACACAUUGCACCAAACGCGAUUCUGGACGCGCUGGGCACCCGUCAUGUCGGCGACGGUCCGGUGGCCAUUUGCCGGUUUGGGUUCACGUCGCACUUGAUUUCACGCGCGCAGCUCGAGGCAUUCGCAUGA